AUGAGGAGCAUACGAGAUACAGGUGUGCAGUUUCCAAGUACAUUAACUAGCGAUGAAAAACGUCUGAAAGAAGCAUACGAGAAAUUGCGGGCUAUUCGAAAAGCGAUAGCUGCAACAAACAAAGUAAAUGUUAGCGGAACAGUUGGUGACAACCUCAAGACCGAGCGAAAAACAACCAAAAGACAUCUACAGCAGGCGCAGGAGGCUACCGAAGAAGUGAAACGGAAGGUUUUAAUUGGUGCUGUCAGUUUUAAGAAAGCUGAUGAAAAGAAAGAUUCAUUCAAACGACCAAGUUUAAUUGGCAGACGUCGAGUAAAUAUCAGUAACACGGAGUUGUUACCACCGAAUGCUGAUGAUGAUACAUAUAAAUCACUUCCCUCGGAUGAUUCUGGAACGACAAAAAAGACCGGAGAAUCUUCCGACAUUAAUAAAUCGCCUUAUGAUUCUGAUAAUUGCCAGAGUGCUACAUCAGACACUUCUGAUGUACGUAAACCAAGCCCGAAUUCCGCUGCACAGACGAUUUCUUCAGAAUCAGAUGAGUUUGAUACUUACAAGACCGGAGAAGAAGCAAACGCAUCUUACAACUGCAAAUCAGCAGGAGUUCAUGACAACGGUGUUUCCGAUACCAAUUCACAAUCUUCGUCUUUUGAUAUCUACAAACCUGCAUCUAACGAUGAUGGCUUUGACAAUUAUAAACCAUAUUCAACGCAAUCGUUUUCCUUUGACGCAAACAGUGGAUCAUCGUCUUUUAUUGGUUUUGAGCAACCCAAGCCGUGCAGGGGUCCUUGUUUAUACAUUCGUGGAUACGACUUGAUAGCAGAUUCUUUACGGAAUGUGUUCAGUAAAUACGGUGUGAUUAAUAGAGUUUUUGUGGAGGAACGUCAGAAGAGUGCAUUUAUUACAUAUGCCACAACGGCGGAAGCGGAAACUGCAAUAAAAGAAAUGGAUGGAAAUAUGGUUAAUGGAAUAACAUUGCGUGUUUCAUUUGCACGCCGUCAAAAUCAAUGUAGUGAUUCUGGACGCUUUCGGAGUAGUAAAUCAUUCGACAGGAAUAACGAUAAUAAUGACAGAGGUGGAAGUGAUCGUUCCAAUCGUUCUCGGAGCCAAGGAAAUUUCUUUCGAGGUAACGAACGUGUUCGUUACCGUGGUGAGAAAAGCAGACGAAGUCGUAGUCGGGGACAUACGUAUGAAGGCGAAAGUUCGUUAUUACCAGCAAGUUCCACUGAAAAUAAUGAUGAUUUCUUGUCUGGUCCGAACAAAGUGUCAAGUGAUGAGGGGUCAGCAGCGGAAGCAUCUUAUGCAAAAGAUGAUUUCUGGCCAUCGGGAACUCAAUCACGCGGAAGGACGAAUGAGGGAUCAAACGUUGAAAAGGAUAAUAAUAAUCAAGAGGAUAAUUUUAAUACGUAUAAAUCAACAAUAGCUGUUAACGAAAAGGAUGAUUUUGUUAAUGUGAAAGAUGAUUAUUUUGACAGGUAUAAACCAUUUAGUGAUGAUGGAAGAGGUGAUAGUACUAGUACAAAGUCUCGAGAAACAUCUGAUGGUAAUUAUCAAGAGACUGUUGUAAAAAGACAUGGUGGUUAUGAGCACAGGAGUUGUGAAAGACGAGGUGGUUUCGACAACGAUAGAUGUCGUAGUUUCCGAUGUGAUGAACGAGGUGGUAGAAUGCCUCGACGAGGUAGCCAAAUUCGUGGGGAUCCAUUAUGGCACUCGAAACGGCAGAACAAUGAGUUAAGAGGUGGCAAGUAUUGUUCAAAUGCUAACUCAGAUGUUAGCCAAAAGAACUCAUGGCUAACAAAAAAUGAAAGUGGAGACAAGAAUGAUUUGUGGACAUCCGGUGAUCAUCAUUCGAGUGCACAUAGUAAAAAUGCUAAUGAUAAUAAAGAAAGUGAAUCACAAGAAAAGGAUAAUGUUAAGGAUGAUUUCUGGCCUUCAUCUUAUCAUCAAUCUAGCGACAGAAAUGACGAAUCUUCGCAUAUUCCUGUAGAAAGAUUAGGUGAAGAUGAACCAUUUCGAAGAGGUACACAAGGAGAUUAUAGAAAUGGAGGAAGAGGUGCAGAUGGAAACGCAGGAUUUCGACGUCAACGUCGCGGUUUUGACAAAAAGAAUGCGCGGCCUGAUGAUGAAGAAGGAAAAUCAUCUUGUUGGCCUAGUGAAUGGCCUAAUGCUGAUAAUAAACCACUAACGGACUCAUGGCCUGUAUCAUCUGACGGUAAGACACCCAGUUUUCUGCCACUUCCUCCACCGAUGUCUAAAGUUCAAGUAGCAUGGAGUGAAGCUACAAAAAAGAGCUCCGAAGAGGUGGCAGCAGUAAUAACAAAAAAAGAAACAACUGUGGUACAACAUAAAACGGAAAUAAGGAUGCAAGUAUCGUAUGGUGAGGAUGAUCCUUUUGCUUAA